AUGGGGAAGAAUAAGAAGAAGCCGACAGCGCACUCUACAUCGGACGAUUCCGAACUCUGCAACUUGUUGGAGCAACUAUUGAACUUGACGACCCAGGAGGACAAGUCCGAGCUACCCAACGACGUCCUGGAAAGUUUCGCCUUGGAUUCCGACAUUUUUCUUUCCGUGCCCCUGGAUUUGAUGAUGACAUCGGACUGCGCAGUGGAGAAGACGCAGUUCGGUCCCCUGUUGCGCGAGGAUCCGAUAUGCUCGAAAAUGAGUAAUGUUCGGUUAUCGUUGUUUCUACUCAAUGAGCUCGCAAAGGGCGAAGAGGGAUUCUGGCAUUUCUACAUCCGAUGCUUGCCGUCGCGGUACUGCACAGUCUUGUAUUUCACAGAAGAAGACAUGAGGUUCCUCAGCGGAUCAACAACUCUGGACUCCGCCUGCCGGAUGAACCGAUCGAUCGCCCGCCAGUACGCCUACUUCAAACGGAAGUUUCUGACCGAAGCCAAAUGGAAGAAGCAGCCAGCGGCCAAAAUCUUCACCUUCGAGGCUUACAGGUGGGCCUGCAGCACGGUGAUGACACGACAAAAUGAACUCCCAUCUCUGACGCCAGGCCGCAUGCAGAUGGCUCUGGUUCCGUUAUGGGACAUGUGCAACCAUGACACCCUGAGAAGCGGGACAGAUUACGAUGUGGCAUCUCAACAACUCGUAUCGUUCGCGACCCGCGAAUAUAAGAAAAACGAGCAGGUGAACAUAUUCUACGGUAACCGCGCCAACGCCCAAUUCAUGCUCCACAACGGCUUCGUUCCCGACGAGAACCAAUGGGACUCUCUCGCAAUCAAGAUUGGUCUGUCAAAAGCCGACAAACUGUUCGAGAUGAAACGGAGACUGUGCGAGCAAAUGAAGAUUCCGACGAGCGAUGUUUUCGAGUUAAAGAAAGCACCCGACGGAGACGGAGUUCUGGUGCCCAAAGUCCUCCUCCAUCUGGUGCACAUUCUGCAGUGGAAGGCGCCGUCGGACGGGACCACGAGCGGCACCGAUGUCGGGGCAGACCCUUCUGAUGCCACUGACCCUGUCAGAACUAAGAAAGCGAAGACGUUCCUACAUGUGCGGUGUCAGCUUCUGAUGAAAGCACUACCAAGAUCUGUCGAGGAACUAACCGAGAUUCUCAACGAUCCGACGACGAGUCUUGAAUCGAAGCUCGCGAUCCGCUACCGACUCUCCGAACAACGGAUGUUGACCAAUGCUUGCAACAAAAUUUUAUUCACGGUCUAGGGAGAUACGUUAUUCUGAGAAAUUUCCGCUGGUAAUUUUUCUUUAUUCAUUUCGUCUGGCGAUCGUUUUCCGAUGGCGUCCGCUCUCAGUUAUUUCAUGAGAUUAAGGAUAUUCCUCUCCCACAACUGCCGCUGGUUACGGUUUGGGUAUUCGAAGCUCCAGAACAUGAAUCCGGGUCUUUAUCAGAACUUACAGAAAGAGUUCCGUAGGUGCUGAUACAUAAGAAAAGAGCGAGAAUUCGUAUGCGGUGCAGGCGGAAGUCAAAUCGAGUGUUUAUCGGAGUCGGAGGAGGCAAGACUGGAGUGUCGAGCUGAGAAAUGAUUCCUCCAUCCGGAAAAUUUGAAUAAACCAGUGAGUUGGUGUCGCUCGAGUUUUCUAAUUCAUUGAGACAUUUGGUGCAAUCGAUCUGUGGUAUUCAUGUUCGCUUCGGCGACCCGUGAUACAGCACUGAGUGAGCGCUGGUUACUCUUCGGGGGCCUCAACUCAUAUUAUCGUUAGCUACCCUGUUCGUUUGGAGUGG